AUGCCAACUAGGCAAUCUAUCCUCAAAGAGGAACCGGUAAUUCCAACUGCGGUCCAACUCCAUACGGCUGAUGGACAGGACUUGAUCAUUGGUACUUGUGCUGGUACCAAAUGCCAACUAGGGCAGCGAAUGCAGCAAAUGCCGUCUCGAAAUUACGCCUUUGCAGACCUGAAAAAGACGUUUGGAAGGGUGCCGUUCAUUGAAACGUAA